AUGACAGCAUCCAAUCGAGCAACGUGUAGAGUCCGUCUACCACCCCUCGACGAAAAGAAAAACGAGGACCCCAAUCUCAACCCCAAUUCCCCAUCCGAUCACGAGCUCCACACAAAAUGGGCAAACGCGAUCCAAAAACUAUUUUCACCAGAUCCAAAUGUAGAUACCAAGUCAUCACCUCCAACUCAAAUCCGCAAUUUCGAUAUUCUCCUCCACAAAGACGGAUCCGCAGAAAACUUAAUCAAAAACCAACACAUCUCCCCAAAACCAAAACCAGAAAUACAGCCGUAUCGAUAUUCACCACGAUAUCAACUUCCAGAUGUCAUUUCAGCUCGACUAACUACAAAUGAGGAGAAAAUUUCCCGCGCGGAACUUUUCGCUCUGGGUAGUAUUUUGUAUGAGAUUUCUUCGGGUCAUCCACUUUUUCAUGAUAUAGAUGAUGCAGAUGAGCGUGGAGAUGAUGCGUUCGAGAGUGAAAUUCAGAAUCGCAUUGUUAUUGGGAAAUUUCCCGAGGAUUUGUGGGGUUUAUCUCUUCUAUCGAGGAUUUUGGUAUGUUGGUGUCCGGGGUUUGUAGAGGAAGUGGUGAAGUUGAGUGAGAAGGAGAAACAGAAAGGGGAUGAUAAAAGGGAUGGGAAAGGGGAUGAGGGAGGGAAUGAUAAAGGAAAUGAGAAUAGGAACGAAGAGGACAAAGGUUCGCAUAACAAACUACAUCAAAACACACCCCUACCGAUUUUCCUUCCAAGUAGUAGGAGGCCUCCUAACCGCCGCCUCUAUCGCGGCAGUCCCGGUGCUCGGCGCAAUUGGUUUUUCCGCCGCAGGGCCCGUCGCCGGCUCCGCAGCCGCAGCAUGGCAAUCAGGUAUAGGUCUUGUGGAGGCAGGAAGCAUUUUUGCUUGGUGUCAGAGUGUGGCUAUGGGAGGAGCGGCCGUGGGUGGGAUUAUUGGGGCCGGGGUGGGCGGUGCGGGGCUUUUGGCUGGGGCGACGGGGUUGGGGGUUUUGGAUGGCGUGGGGCUUGA